UGCAUGCCGGGAGAGAACAUGGCGGCUCACUGGAGUAGCGAGAAUGUGGUGGUUGAAUUCCGGGACUCGCAGGCGACAGCGAUGUCCGUGGAUUGCCAGGGACAGCUUGCCGUGCUGUCAGGCCGUCGUUUUUUAUACAUUGUGAAUCUUGAUACCCCAACGGAAGGGCACCGCAAGAUAUCCCGGCAGAGCAAAUGGGACAUAGGGACCGUGCAGUGGAACCCCCACGAGAGCUAUGCUCACUUUUUUGCUGCUUCUAGUAACCAGCGUGUGGACCUAUACCAGUGGAAGGAUGGCAGCGGGGACAUUGGCACCUCCCUACAGGGACACACACGAGUUAUCAGUGAUCUUGACUGGUCAGCGUUUGAGCCAGACGUGUUGGUCACUAGCUCCAUUGAUACCUACAUAUACAUCUGGGACAUCAAAGACACAAGAAAACCAUCAGUGUCACUGUCUGCAGUCGCUGGGGCUUCACAGGUGAAGUGGAACAAAAAGAACCCCAAUUGCAUAGCAUCAAGCCAUGAUGGGGACGUGAGGAUUUGGGACAGAAGGAAAGCCAGCACGGCCGUAGAAUACAUUGCUGCCCACCUUUAUAAGAUCCAUGGUCUGGACUGGCAUCCAGACAACGAAUACAUCUUAGCAACUUCCAGCCAGGACAACUCCGUCAAGUUCUGGGACACACGACAUCCCCGCAAAUGUCUCAGCGUUUUGGCUUGUCAGGUGCCAGUCUGGAAAGCACGUUACACGCCCUUUAACAAUGGCCUGGUUACGGUGAUGGUUCCUCAGUUGCGUAGAGAGAACAGCCUGCUUCUCUGGAACGUGUAUGACCUCCAUUCUCCUGUCCAUAUCUUCGUUGGGCAUGACGACGUGGUCCUCGAGUUUCAGUGGCGGAAACAAAAGGAAGGCCUGAAGGAUUAUCAGUUGAUCACGUGGUCUCGGGAUCAGACUUUGCGCAUGUGGCGGGUGGAUGCCCAGUUGCAGAGGCUUUGUGCUAAUGAUAUUGUGGACCCAGUGGACGAUCUAAUGGAUGGAUUGUCCUUGAUGCCUGAACAAGAAAAGUCACUGCAACCACAGGAGCAAAUGUCAGGCCCGUCAGAAGACGAUGGUGUGGCCUUUAACGAGGAGGCUCCAUCAAUACCAUUGACCAUGGGAAAAGCUGAGCAACCUGGUCUCCCUCAGACCCUACAGCAGGAGUUUUCAUUAAUCAAUGUCCAAAUCCGUAACGUUAAUGUUGAGAUGGAUGCUAUGAACCGGAGUUGCACGGUGUCUGUACACUGCGGAAAUCACAGGGUGCGAAUGCUGGUUAUGUUCCCUGUUCAGUAUCCCAACAACGCAGCCCCGUCCUUCCAGUUUAUUACUCCCACGUCCAUCACCUCAGCCAUGAAAGCCAAAGUGCUGAAGAUCCUGAAGGACACGUCUCUGCAGAAAGUGAAGAGGAAUCAGAGCUGCCUGGAGCCCUGUCUGCGUCAGCUGGUGUCCUGUCUGGAGGGCUUUGUGAACCAAGAGACCAGUCCUUCAAGCAACCCGUACACCUUGCAGGGCACAGUCACCCCACCAAUGCCCACCUUUGCCCGAGCCACAAAUGCCUACGGUUCCUACCAGGAUGCUAAUAUCCCAUUCCCUCGGACCUCGGGAGCCCGUUUCUGCGGUGCUGGAUACCUUGUUUACUUUACACGGCCCAUGACAAUGCACCGAGCUGUGUCACCCACCGAACCAACACCAAGAUCCCUGUCUGCCCUGUCAGCUUAUCACAGUGGUGUAAUCGCACCCAUGAAAAUCCGCACAGAGGCCCAGGCCAAUCUCCGUCUUUAUGGUGGAAGUCCCACUCGCAGUGAGAAAGAGCAGGUGUCGAUCAGCUCCUUCUACUACAAGGAAAGGACGCCCCCCCUGUCUGCCCGCCGGCGCUGGUCCAUUCAAGUGAUUAACGACUUCCCGAAAUCUCGACGGUGGAAAUCUAAGCCCAGUGACUCAAGCUCCCGUCCCAUCAAAGCAGCUGGGAAAGUGAUUAUUCAGGAUAUCUCGUGCUUGCUGACUGUGCACAAGGCCUUGGGAGAGAUGUACAUAUUAAACCGUGGCGACCUCCAGGAAGUGUGCCAGAAGAAUGCCGCAUCUGCUCUGAGUGUUGGUCGCCGAGACCUUGUGCAGGUUUGGGCCCUGGCGGCUGCUGCUAAUGAUGUGUGCCUUAACCCCAAAUCUGAUCCUGAUAUGGAGACCCCAUGGGCAUAUCACCCGUUUGGCCGACAGCUGCUGGAGUCUCUGCUGACUCAUUACUGCCACUUACAUGACGUGCAGACUCUGGCCAUGCUGUGCAGUGUGUUUGAUGCCCAAGCACACCUACAAGGAGGUACCUCAGCAACAUGCCCCCCGUUUCCAACUCGUUCUGCACACAGCCGCUAUCCCAGUUUCACUUCCUCUGGUUCUGGUUCCAGUAUGUCAGACCCUGGGUACAGCAACAGUGGCUGGAACAUUGGAGGGCAAGAUGGAGAACAUGUGGCUCCAUGGAGUGAUGCAUCCCCAGAUGAAUAUCGAUAUGGUAAUAUAAGUUACGUGGAUCCCCGAGAACGAGAGCGAGAUCAGCAUGAUAAGAAUAAAAGGUUACUGGACCCUGCGAAUGCACAGCAGUUUGAUGACUUUAAGAAAUGUUAUGGAGAGAUCUUAUAUCGCUGGGGACUGCAGGAGAAGCGAGCAGAGGUGCUCAAAUUUGUCUCCUGCCCCCCUGAACCCCAUCGGGGAAUAGAGUUCGGUGUUUACUGCAGUCACUGCCGGAGUGAGGUGCGAGGAACACAGUGCGCCAUCUGUAAGGGCUUCACCUUCCAGUGUGCCAUCUGCCACGUUGCUGUCCGGGGGUCCUCCAAUUUCUGCUUGAGUUGUGGACACGGUGGGCACACAUCACACAUGCUGGAGUGGUUCAGCACACAAGAGGUGUGUCCUACUGGAUGUGGAUGCCAUUGCCUCCUCGAGAGCACCUUCUGAUGAGUAUAGUAGGGAAGCUCGGCCUCCUGCUGCAUGCGUAUGUGGAUAUAAUGGUCGGGAAAGGAGGGAGCUGGCCAUCUUUGUUACUGGCAGCUAUAACCUGGCUGACAAAGAAUCCAUAUGGAAAUAAUGGUGUACAAAGUCGGAUUAUUCCUGCGUGUUGCUGUGGGCGGAACAUCUCGUACACACAUGUUCAUCUUAGAAAGAUGCUUUGCUGAAGGAACAUUCUUUUGUUGGUGCCUUGGAAGGUGUUUUGUGGGAAUGGGAAUUUUAACAUGGUAUUUUUACACAGAUGGGUAAGAGUGAUGUUUUGAGUCCCAGAAGCUGUGAGUGCUUGGCGUUGGUUAUUGGGAGGAGGUGAGAUCACAAUAUAUUCUGAUCCCCUCCAUUAACCACCUAUAGGAUACACGGUGUGUUCUCACUCAGACCCUGCCACACUGAGCUGUGGCUAUUGUAAUCCACUUAACAUCCCAUGAGAAUAUAUUGUACCCAAAACAAACCAACGCUAAUCCGCUUCGCCAUAAGAAGUCCUCUGGUUAUACUCCGACACUAAUGUGGUCCAUAUUUCACGCUCAUUUACUCCUGUAUGCACAGAUUGAGGAUCUGUAGUUAAUAUUUAACAUAAAUUCAUUUUUUUAAUGGCUACCUCAUUCCAUUCCUCACUGCCCUUCCCUCACCUAUUACCUGCUUCACUAUGAAGGUUCAUUCCCUAAAAUAGUCAGACAGAAGCAGUUUGGUUAACAUAUUAACUGUUCGCUGUCUGUGACGCCCUUGGUCUGGUAUUUUUGAUGGGGGUUUAAUCUUUGUUCUGUUUACACAAUAAUCACUCGUACUCGUAAGUUACCGAGAAACAUGUUCUACAACGUCGAUAAGAUAUAAAAGAUGAAUGAUUACAAUUGUCUAUUUAACUGCAGAGUUGAUGUAAAAAUAAAUAAAGUGAAUAAAAAUAUU